AUGGCGUCAAUUGAGAUUAGUCAGCUAUUCACAGUCCAGGACCUUGUGGCUGUCGUGACGGGCGGAGGAUCUGGAAUCGGUCUGAUGAUGGCCCAAGCCUUAGAAGCCAACGGGGCCACUGUUUACAUCUUUGGUCGUCGCCGAGAGACGCUCGAAAAGGCAGCAAGCACAGCAAAACACGCCAACAUCUUUCCCAUCGUCGGUGACGUCACCAGCAAGGCCGAUCUUGAGCGGGCGGCCGCCGAGGUCGAAGCUGCACACGGCCACGUCGACAUUGUCAUCGCCAAUGCGGGUAUCGGCGGUCCGGGAAUGGUUGAGCUUCCAGCGAACGCGACGCUGGACCAGUUCCGCCAACACAUUUCGACCUGGACGGCCGAGGCGUUCACGCAGACGUUUGCAGUCAACACGACGGCCGUCUUCAACACGGCCGCUGCCUUUCUCGGCCUGUUGGACGCGGCCAAUAAGCGAAAUGGCAACCGGGCCCCGUCCCCCAAAAAGAGCCAAAUCGUGGCCGUGAGCAGCAUCAGUGCUUUCUACCGGCAGCCGGUGCACGGGUAUGCCUACAGCGCGUCCAAGGCGGCCGUGGUACACAUGAUGAAGCAGCUGGCGACAUCGCUGGUUCCGUAUGGCAUCCGGGCCAACGUGAUCGCGCCGGGAUUGUAUCCCAGCGAGCUGACCGUCGGCGCCCUGGACGCCUACAAAGACGGCUGGCCCAAGACACUCAUUCCCGAAGAACGGCCUGGCGAGCUGCAGGACAUGGCCGGCGCCAUUCUCUUCCUCGCCAGCCGGGCUGGGGCCUACAUCAAUGGCAACGUGCUCGUGACGGAUGGCGGAAGGCUUAGCGUCCUUCCGGCGUCGUAUUAA